AUGCCAUACCCAAUCUACUACUACGUUGCCAUUCUUUGCAUAGCUGCUCUCUUCACCCGCUCGCUCUAUGCACGAAUUAGUCUCUUCCAGCGCAAGCGGCGCUUCGCCCGCAAGCACGGCUGCGCGCCUGUGACGCGAGCGCGGGCGUGGGAUCCCCUGCUUGGUCUCGACCAUUUCGUCCGCCUAGGGAAGGCCGCCGCGCAGCGCCGGUACCUGGAAUACUGGCGGAAGAACAUGUUCGGGAGGUACGGCAACACGUUCGAGAUCAACCUCAUGGGCCAGCGCCUGCUCUUCACCAACGAGCCGCGCAACAUCCAGGCGGUGCUGGUGACGCAGUUCCCUGACUUUGACAUCGGCCAGCGGCGGCGCGACAACUCGGCCCAGCUGUUGGGCGUGGGCGUCUUCAACGCCGACGGUCCCACGUGGGAGCACGCUCGCGCUACCCUGCGUCCAAACCUCACGCGGGCUCAGGUGGCCGACUUGCAGCUCUUUGAGAAGCAUGUCGGCGUAUGGAUGGCGGCCCUGCCCAAGGAUGGCCAGGCGGUGGAUAUGCAGGAAUGGGCUUUCCGAUUUGUAAGCUCCACGGCUUUGGGCCGCCGCUUUGCCUGGGCCUUUAACCUCGGGGUGGACGGAGUGGCGCAGAAAAUCCGCCUCGGAAGCCUGGCACCGCUCUACUACAAUGCCGACUACGGAAAGGCCUGCAAGAUGGUGCACGAAUACGUCGACCCCAUCGUGCUUGCAGCGAUCGAAGCAACCCAGAAGACCGGGUCUGAACAACACAGCAACGUCGGAGACGAAAAGCGGUACACCUUCCUUGCCGCUCUCGCCAGCGAGGGUAUCAGCCCGAAGAAGAUACGUGACCAUGUAUUGAACAUACUCAUUGCUGCGCGCGAUACAUCGGCCUGUCUUAUGAGUGCCGCCUUCUUCGAGCUCGCAAGACAGCCCGCCAUCCAAGCCAAGCUCCGAGCCGAGGUCGACAGACAGCUCGAAGGACGGCUCCCCCGCUACGACGACCUCAAAGACAUGACCUACCUCAACUGGUUCAUCAAGGAGGCCCUGCGCCUGUACCCCCCAAUCCCCAUGAACAUCCGCGUAGCGAACAAGGACACGAUCCUCCCCGUGGGCGGCGGUCCCGACGGCUCGGCGCCCAUCUUCGUCGCCGCGGGCCAAGAGGUCGUGUACCAAAUCUUCUCGACACACCGGCGGAGGGAUCUUUGGGGCGAGGACGCCGACCAGUUCCGCCCGGAGCGGUGGGAGACGAUCCGCCCGCACUUCCAGUACCUGCCCUUCAACGGGGGUCCCCGCAUAUGCCCUGGCCAGCAGUUUGCGCUGCUGGAAACGAGCUUUGUCCUCGUGCGGUUCCUGCAGGAGUACUCGCGGCUCGAGGCGCCCGCAACCUCGCAGCAGCCCUGGACCGAGAAUUACACCUUGACCUGUUCGGUGGGACAGGGUUCGUGGGUGAAGCUGAUGAAGAGGGGGGGUGAAAAGGGGUCAGAAGUCUCGGCUUAA